AUGGAUAGGAGAUCUUUGAUUCAGGAGAUGCAUGGCUUAGGAGAUAUGGGUGUGCAUUUUGAAUUUUCAAGGACAAAUGCAUUGUUCACACAUUUUAGGGUUAGACCUAUUUUAAUAGACCGAAUUAAAGCUACACAAAGGAAAUAUGAGUUUGUGGCCAAGGCCUUAGAGGACCCUCAGGGAAGGAAGGGAAAAAUGUUUACUAAAGGUAUAAAUGGUGUAUUGAGGUAUGGAACCAGACUUUAUGUGCCCAACAGUGAUGGAUUGAGGAGAAAAAUACUAAAAGAGGCGCAUAUGGCAGCGUGCGUGGUACAUCCAAGAGCUACAAAGAUGUAUCAAGAUUUAAGGGAGUUAUACUGGUGGGAAAGACUUAAGAAAUAUGUAGCUGAGUUUGUUGCUAAGUGCCUAGUUCGUCAACAAGUUAAAGUAGAGCACCAAAGGCCCGUAAGACUACUACAACCAUUACCGGUGCACGAAUGA